UGUGAAAUGCUCGAAUAUAUAAGCGUGUAAGAUGCAUAAGCAAAUCAGUUCGAAUCCUUCUGUAGUGAAGAGUGACAGUCAAAAGUGUAGUCAAGAGUAUAAUACGAACAAUAUAUUCAUCAUGAAGUACGGAAUGUGCAUCGCAAUGCUAUUGGCUGCAAUCUGCGCUUUGUUUGUCGAUGUACAAGCGCAUCCAACUUUCGGACUACCUGCUCAGGGACCUGGUUUCCCCGGACCAUUUGGACCUGGGCCAUUUAAUCCUAACCCAUUUCCUGGACCAUAUGGACCCGGAUCCGGUCCAUUUAUUCCUCCUAUAAAUGUACCUGGACCAUUUAGACCUGGACCAUUUAAUCCUAACCCAUUUCCUGGACCAUACAAUCCUGGGCCGCGACCAAACUUCGGCCAUUUUCGUUUCUGAUCUGAGCGGUUACUGUCUAUCGUCCACGCGCAAAGUCACAAUGACAGAUACGUAAAACUCACUUCUGUCACGUGGGCUAUAUGUGACUUAUUUAACAUCAUCCAAAGCCCGUAUCAAAUUUAACUAUUGUACAGAAGUUUAUUUAAAUCUAUGUAUUAAUAUAUCUAUGUAUUUAUUAAAUAUUUCGACCUAUUUAA